CGUUUUACGUAAUCUUGCACCCUUUUUCUACUAUCGAGGUUCUUGAUUGCCACGUGUCUCUUUCCAUCUCUUUUUCCUUCUCUCUCUACCACUGAAGCAAGUAACGUUUCCUUUGCACUGCAAGUCUGAAACGUCCAUUUUCUCUCUGUAGUUUCUAGCCUCCCAAACAGACCCUUCUCCGGAACAUGCCAAAUCUACGUUUAGAACCCUACCGAAUCGGUUACGCUCUAACCUCCGAAAAGGAGCAAACCUUCAUACUGCCUUCCCUCCUUUCCCACGCCUCUCAAAAAGGAAUUGUUUUGACCAAAAUCGACACCAACAAACCUUUAAUCCAACAAGGACCGUUCGACUGCAUCAUCCACAAAUUGUACGGAUCAGAUUGGAAACAAAACCUCCAAGACUUUACUUCCCAAAACCCUAACAUCCCCAUCAUUGAUUCUCCAGAUUACAUCGAGAUUCUCCACAACAGAAUCUCAAUGCUCGAAACUGUUUCGAAACUGAAAAUAACAAAGUCCGGAGUCCCCAAACAAAUUGCCAUCGCGGAAGUUACUGAUUUGGAAAAUCUGAAACUAACAUUUCCGUUAAUUGCGAAGCCGUUAGACGCAGACGGCAGCGAGACGUCCCAUAAAUUGCAUCUUAUCUUCGACAACGAAGGGUUAAAGAACUUAACGGCGCCGUUUGUCUUACAGGAGUUCGUUAAUCACGACGGCGUCGUUUUUAAAGUCUACGUGGCUGGGAAAUAUUUUCGGUGCGUGAAACGGAAGUCGUUGCCGGAUAUUUCGGAGGAAAAACUGGUAAAUUUGAAAGGUUCGUUGCCGUUUUCGCAGGUUUCGAAUUUGGCUGCAGCCGGUGGCGGUGGCGGGGAAGGUUGUGACUUUGAAAAGACGGAAAUGCCCCCGGAGAGUUUAGUGAAGGAGUUGGUGAAAGGGCUAAGGGAGGAAUUAAGGUUGAAUCUGUUUAAUUUUGAUGUGAUUAGGGAUGGUAGAAAUAAGGAUAAUCACUUAGUUAUUGAUAUUAAUUAUUUUCCGGGAUACGUCAAAAUGCCGGAUUUUGAGUCUGUCAUAACGGAUUUUCUGUUGGAUGUCGUGCGCAAAGAACAAAAAGGGGGUGAAAAUUAAGGAUCGAAGGUGCCAAAUAUAGCUUUGUUUCAGGUAGUCUCUUGGCCAAUCCUAGUGCUAUCCAAUGCAUCCUGCUUUAAAUUUUAUUCUCAAAGCAUAGAACAAACACCACCUCCACAGUUUCCAUGCUUGAAGUGUGCAAAGGUAUUAGCCAAAUUAUGAAACUUCAAAACAGUCAAUCAUCAA